CCAUCGUUUCAAUCGUAUUCUUCCACGACGGCUUUAUAAUUUAAACCCAAAACUCUAGUCUAGGCGAAACCAAAAGAAUGGCGGCGAGCAACGAAAGGGCAUCACAGAUGGUGUUUUUCGACUUGGAAACGACGGUUCCCAAGAAGGCAGGACAAAGGUUUUGGGUUCUAGAAUUCGGCGCAAUUGUGGUCUGCCCGCGAAGGCUGGCAGAGCUGGAGAGCUACUGCACCCUGAUCAGGCCGAGGGACUUGUCGGCCGUGGCGGUAAGAUCAGGGCGGUCCGGCGGAAUAACACGCGGAGCGGUAGCUAAUGCGCCCCAUUUUGAGGAAGUUGCGGAUAAGAUAUUCGACAUUAUGGAUGGUAGGAUAUGGGCAGGACAUAACAUUCAAAGAUUCGACUGUGUUCGUAUUAAGGAGGCCUUUGCUGCCGUCGGCCGCCCUGCGCCGCUGCCUGUCGGAACCAUCGAUUCUUUGGGCAUUUUAACACAGAAAUUUGGCAGAAGAGCUGGCAAUAUGAAGAUGGCAAGUUUAGCAGAAUACUUUGGACUUGGACAGCAGAAACACAGGAGUUUGGAUGACGUUCGCAUGAAUAUGGAGGUCCUCAAGCAUUGCGCAACAGUAAUGUUUCUGGAGUCGAGCCUCCUGGGUAUGGUGAAUAACGAAUGCCGUGGGGCGCCUAACAUUAUGACGAGAAGCAGAACUGCAAUGAAUUCAUUGAAAGAAAAAUGGCAUACUUGUUCAUCAUCAGUUACAACAAGAAGCUGUAAAGGAAAGUUGAGAUGCAGAGAAGACGAAGAAGCAAGUAGAAAAUCAGCAGCAACAACAACAACAACAACUUCCCUUGGAUAUCACAGAGCUGUUCCUUACACUAGGAGGCAAAGGGCACAUUUCAUUCAACUCCAUUCAUCCUCAUAAUCAUAUCCACUUAGCUUCUUGAUGAUCAACUUUUAGGCUACUUGCAGAAAGAAAGUGUCAGCUAAAUUCUGAGCCUCCUAACAUAACCUUCAUAGUCCCCCAUCAUCAUUCUUUUUAUAUUUUUUUAGUGUAACAUUCCAUAUCCCAGAACUGUAAUUGCAUCAUUUUAUGCAAUUCCAGUUCCAGAACAAGUAUACAUAGUCUAUUGUAAAUUUUCUAAA